GGCAGAAGCAGCCAGAGCUACAGGCAGCCAGAGACUGAGUGUGGAGGACAGCCAGACAGAGCGUGGGAGGGGAAGGCUCAGGACAGACGGAGCAGCAAGGGCAGACAGACUGAGAAGGCCAGGGGGAGCAGGAAGACUCGUGCAGUGCCCAGGCAGGGUGGUGCAUGGCCCGGGAUGGUACCAGAGGGGAGCGCCGGCCCCUGCUGGGGCAGGAAGAGGCCCCGGCCGGGGGCUUAUGGGAUGCCUUCGAGGGCCGGAAGGCGGCCUGCGCGGCCGUGCUACUGGUGGAGAUCCUGGAGCGGGCGGCUUUCUUCGGCAUCGUCUCCAAUCUUGUCCUCUACCUCAACAGCAGCAACUUCAAUUGGGGGGGGUUGCAGGCCUCGCGGGCUGCCCUGCUCUUCCUGGGUGCCUCCUACCUGCUCUCGCCCAUCGGGGGCUGGCUGGCUGACGUCUACCUGGGCCGCUACUGGACCAUCACGCUAAGCUUCCUGCUCUACCUGGUGUCGGCCUGCCUGCUGCCCGCCACGGCCUCGUCGGAUGGGCGACUCUUUCUGUGCGGGGACAUGCCAGUCUACCAGCUGCAGCAUCCCUGCCAGAACCAGAGUGGGGAGUGCCAGCAGUCAGCACCCGGCCACUACUGCGCCCCUCUGAUGUACACUGGCCUGCUGCUGCUGGCACUGGGCAUCAGCUCCGUCAAGGCCAACCUCACCCCCUUUGGCGCCGACCAGGUGACGGACCGUGGCCGCGAUGCCACACGGCGCUUCUUCAACUGGUUCUACUGGAGCAUUAACAUUGGGGCGGUGAUCUCGCUGCUUGUGGUGGCCUUCAUCCAGCAAAAUGUCAACUUCCUCAUCGGCUACACCAUCCCUGCGGCCUGCGUGGCCCUGGCCCUCCUUGUCUUCCUCCUGGCUGCCCCCACCUUCGUCACCAAGCCCCCCGCGGGCAGUCAGGUCUCUGCCAUGCUCAGGCUGGCCUUCCGGGGCAGCUGCUGCAGCCGAGUGCGCCGUAUCAGGCCGGGCACUCUCCAAUCAGAAGCCCAGGGCACAGAUCUUCUCCCUGAUGGCAAAUCUCAGCCCCGGAUUCCUUCGCCCGAGGAGGAUCUUGCCAACUUCCAAGUGAUGGCCAAGAUCCUGCCGGUGCUACUGACCUUCAUUCCCUACUGGAUGGUCUAUUUCCAGGGCCAGCCACCUGGAACAGGGACCAUGUCCAUUCCUUCGAAAGAUUUCCUCCUGAUUUUCUUCCUCUUUGGUUCACCAAUGCUAAAGAACGAUAGUCACUGGCUGCUGAUGCAGUCGACUUACUAUCUGCAAGGCCUGCACCUCUUCAUCCCCAACAUUUUCCAGCACAACAGCACGGGCAGUGGUGCGGGCAGCAGCUACACGUUCCCUGAUGCCUGGCUCCUGUUAGCCAAUGUGGUGGUCCUGCUAGUUCUGGUCCCGCUGAAGGAUCGAGUCAUUGACCCGUUCCUGGUGAGACGGAAGCUGCUGCCCUCGGCGCUGAAGAGGAUGGCUCUGGGCAUGUUCUUUGGCCUCGCCUCUAUCAUUGUGGCAGGCGCCCUGGAGACCAAGAGGCUGCAGUAUGUGAAGAACAACCAGACCAUCUUGCAGCACAUCGGAGAGGAUGUGUACUCUGCCGCCACACUGCCCAUCUGGUGGCAGAUUCCCCAGUACCUUCUCAUUGGCAUCAGUGAAAUCUUCGCCAGCAUUCCAGGGCUGGAAUUUGCCUACUCAGAGGCCCCCAAGUCCAUGCAGGGAGCCAUCAUGGGGCUCUUUUUCUUCAUUUCUGGCGUGGGCUCGCUCCUGGGCUCUGGGCUGCUGACUCUCCUUUCAGUGCCGGAGCAUGGCUGGAUGAACUGCCCCAAGGACUUUGGGAACAUUAACAAUUGCCACAUGGACUAUUACUUCUUCCUCCUGGCUGGGAUCCAGACUGUGACCUGCGUGCUCUUCUUCUGGAUCUCUGGCCUCUACGAGAGGCAGCAGCAGCAGCCCAACUGCCGUGCCUGCGUCGGCCGCGAAGGGGACUGAGGGGACCCCGCCCCCCUCCAGCUGCCCCUUUCUGCUCAGUGACUUGCCUGCUCCCAUGCAGGACAGCUGGGUCAGCAAACCUCCCUGGAGAAGGGGUGGGAGGGAUGCCCCUAGUAGGGCACCAGGGACUCUCACCCAUAAGGCACCCACAGGAGGUAGGGACAGACUCAAGCGGGAGGGGGAUGCCCUAAGGGGCAGCGCCUCCUCAUGGCUCACUUGGGGGCUUGUCGGAGACCCUUGAGAAACAUUGUCCUGCCUCCUUGGCUACCCCCAGGCUCUAAGAUCCACCCUCCAGUCCCCAGAAUUCCUAAGGAUGCCCUCUCUUGCCUGGGUUUUGCUAUCCAGCAGUGUCCUGAUAUGGCUGAUCUCCUGGGACGGGCACCAGUAAGGGGUUAAAUCAACAGGCAGAAGGCACUGGAAAUGAGGGGUUGGGGGGCUGAUUCCCAGAGCCCAGGAGAGGGUGGAAGAUUUGCCCCAUCCUAUUCAAGGGAAAAAUCUCCUCCUCAACCCCUGCUAAUGUCAGGGCUCAACUGGGCAAAGGCUGGAUACAAUCUCAAAGAGUGGUAAACCUGCUGGCACCACUGGCGGAUGGGACCUCAGAACUGACACGAUCCGUGUUACUCUACGUAAUGCUAAAUGGGCUCUGAUGGGGAGAGGCCAGCGGUGGUGGCUUGUUCCUGGCUGUUCUCUGGGGGUUGGUCCAAGUGGAGGUGUUUGUAAAGAUGGAAUUUUAGAGCGGGGGGGGGGGGGGGUUAAUUU